AUGAGGAACGCCGCCCUGAUGGUUUGGAUCUGCCUCCGGGUGCAAGCGUGCGGGGGGGCGGGGGGGCAGCACGCACGCCAGCUGCUCAGCGACCUGAUGGAGGACUACUCCAACGCUCUGAGACCUGUGGAGGACACGGACGCCGCCCUCAACGUCUCCCUGCAGAUCACCCUCUCUCAGAUUAAAGACAUGGACGAGAGGAACCAGGUGCUGACCACCUACCUGUGGAUCAGACAGGUGUGGCACGAUGCCAACCUGAAGUGGCACAAGGAGGACUACGAUGAUCUGGAGAUGAUCAACAUCCCCAGCGACCUGGUGUGGAAGCCAGAUAUUGUCCUCUACAACAAAGCAGACGAGGAGUCGUCGGGUGCGUCCAACACCAACGUGAAGCUGCGCUACAACGGCGAGAUCGUCUGGGACUCCCCGGCCAUCACCAAAAGUACGUGCGUGGUGGAUGUUUCCUACUUCCCUUUCGACUGGCAGCAGUGCAACCUCACCUUCGGCUCCUGGACCUACAACGGCAACCAGGUGGACAUCAGCCUGGGGAUGGACAGCGGCGACCUGUCCGACUUUGUGGAGAACGUGGAGUGGGAGUGUCACGGCAUGCCGGCGGUGAGGAACGUGAUGAUGUACGGGUGUUGCUCCGACCCUUACACCGAGGUCACCUACACCUUGCUCCUGAAGCGCCGCUCCUCCUUCUACAUCUUCAACCUGCUGCUGCCCUGCUUUCUCAUCUCCUUCCUGGCGCCGCUGGGGUUCUACCUGCCCGCCGACUCGGGGGAGAAGGUGUCGCUGGGUGUGACCGUGCUGCUGGCGCUCACCGUCUUCCAGCUGCUGGUGGCCGAGAGCAUGCCGCCUGCCGAGAGCAUGCCCUAUAUUGGAAAGUACUACAUCGCCACCAUGACAAUGAUCACAGCUUCAACGUCGCUCACCAUCUUCAUCAUGAAUAUUCAUUUCUGCGGCGCCGAGGCCAAGCCGGUCCCUCGCUGGGCCAAAGUCCUCAUCAUAGACUACAUGUCCAAAAUCUUCUUUGUCUACGAGGUGGGGGAGAACUGCACCACUCCGGAGUGCGAGGAGAACCCGCUGUACCCUGACGACACCGUGAGCCACGUGACGUCCGACCUGGACGACUGCGACGUCUACCGCCGCGCCGCAGAGCCGCACAAGCACGGUGGCGGCGGCCGUCACCGCAGCCCACAGCGCAACGGCGGCAGGCACCAGUACUACAAGGACCAUGAAUCUCGACAGAAGCGUGCUGAGGUGAACCGAGGGACUGGCCAGCACUACCACCACCAUCACAUCACCAGAGAUGAGCUGGACUACCAGGCCGCUCCUCGUCCUCUGAACCUGCACUUGAAUGGAGAACUGAAGGAGCAGCUCCUGGAACCUGAGGAGAAACAUCUGACCCCGUCUUGCCCCUGCAGCUGCCCCUGCCUUCAACAUAACCAGGUGGUGAAGAACAUCCAGUACAUGGCCAACUGCUUCCGAGAGCAGAGGGCGACUUGUGUCAAGGCAGCAGAGUGGAAGAAGGUUGCCAAGGUGAUGGACCGAUUCUUCAUGUGGAUCUUCUUCAUCAUGGUGUUCCUCAUGAGUGUCCUCAUUAUCGCCAAGGCCUCAUGACAUCCGCCUUCUUCUAUUUAGUUUGUUUUUCCUCCAACACUAAUCCUCCAUUAUCUCUGGACCUCUGAGUCACCUAAUUGCCAUCUUAGAGGUGGAAGGAAUGAGACGCUUAUGAAGGAAGGUGUGUCAUGUGUCACCAUUGUGCUGUGGGUCAUUAUUUAUGAAGUGCAUAGGCACCACCAGUACAGGAGGACCUCUAAAGUUCAAUAACCAAAGUGAAGUCACUCUUGAUAUGAGCACGUUUAAUCAGGUUUCAGGUGAGUUUGCUUUUUAUUCAGUUUCUGAG